AGUGAAUAAGGAGCAACUCGGAGUGACAGGAGCAGCAGAGAUGGGAGCUGGAGAGAUAUUGAACUUCUGGGCUCUGAAUCUGUUCGUCUUAUCUGGUGUCCUGAGUGGUGCAUGGGAUGUACAGUAUCCAAAGAAUGAAGUGUGUGCAGUGAGAGGAUCUACUGUAGUCAUUCCCUGUACAUAUGUUUAUCCAGGGAAAAACCAUGUGCAGAAAAUGUGGUGUCAUCAUCAUAAGAAUUGUAUUGACACCAAAUAUGUGUGUCACAGUAGAGACAUAAAUGUUAGUCCAGAGUACAAAGGCAGAGCAGAGUGUUUGGGGAAUGAACAUCAGAACUGCAGUCUGAAAGUAAAGAACAUUACAGACACAGAUGCUGGAAAGUACAGAUUCAGAUUUAUCACUAAUAGCAACCAAUGGACUGGUCAAGAUGGAGUCACACUAACUAUUACUGAAUUAAGAGUGUCGAUGAAGUCCUUGAAUAAAAAUGGAAAAAUAAGAGAAGGAGAUUCAUUUAAUCUAACUUGUGCCACAAAGGGCUGCUCUCUCAGCCAAUCAGAGUUCAUCUGGGUUAAGGACAAAGAGCGCCUCCUAGAGACACACUCCACACUGCAAUUCAUUAAUGUCUCCUGCCGGCAUAAAGGAAAUUACUCCUGUGCUUUAAAAGGUGGAGGAGAUAGAUCUGAAGAGUUCCAGCUGGACAUUCAAGUGCCUUCCUGUCCAGAGACUUCAAAUUCAUCACUGAUAUCUAUUAUAGUGGGGACACUGUUGACUGUCCUGGCUGUAGUUCUUGUGCUGCUCAUUUACUUUAAGAGGAAGAAGAAUCCAGAAGAAGACAGAGAAAGAAAAACACAGGUUUCCAACGACAGUACUACACCUGUGACCACAGGCCACAAACAGGAAGGUAUAUCUGAGGAGGACGAAGUCAGUUAUGCUUCUGUUCAGUUUUUAAAGAAGAAACCACCAGAGAGGUCUGAAAGAAGUGAGCGGCAGAGCCACAAUGAUGGGGUUAUCUACAGCUCUGUGUCUCACAAAGGUCAGUGAAGAGUUUCUCUGCAGUCAACAGCACCCAUUCAGAGUUUGAAGAUGCACCUCUGAGAUUUCCAUCCUGAACCGGAAUCACGUGUGAAAAUGUUUCCAGCUCAGUAGUUGUGUUUCAUGCUCGCAGGAUUGUCGGGAUUGUCGUUUAAUUUAAUGGCACUCUUAGAAACAUAUUAUGAGGGAAUCCCAAAAAGUAAUUUACAGUGCUACUUGAAAUGGUGUGAACCUCUUGUGUCCUUUGGUUUUUGCCUCGAAAUUAUUUAAUAAGAAGCAGUCUUUCUCAUCUGACGACGUAGGUGCAUAAUUAUCAAUCCAUAUGCUGGUUUAGAGUAAAUUGUAUGUAUAAUAAAAAAAAAAAAUCAAUUUGUGCUGGUGCAACAGUAAGUGAACCCCAAAGUGUCAUUGGUUAAACCAAGUAGGUAAAUGUAAUUAGGUGGUAAAUCAUAAUAACUGAUUUAUUUCAUAACUAAUUUU